AUGUCGGCAAACUACUGGACAAGUUCCCAGAGACUGCAUUGGCUAUUGACCAAGGAAACGCUUGCAGAGCGAAGAAAAGGCCUGGAAGACAUAUUCGACCCAGGGAAGCUGCAAACCAUCAAGGCGCUCAAUCCGUGGCAUGUUCGUGUCUACUUGCACACCCUGAUUCAUCUUUUGGGUCAGAAUCUGUCGAUUCGACAACGGAUUUUGGCCACGGCAGAGGUGUAUCUCACUCGAUUUCAUACAAAGGUGCCUUUUGGCGAAAUCAACCCGUACCUGGUGGUAGCCACGGCGGUCUACGUGGCAUGCAAAGUCGAGGAACAUCCACAGCAUAUCCGGACUAUCACCUCAGAGGCUCGAUCUUUAUGGCCCGACUACAUCUCGCAUGACCCAACGAAGAUUGCCGAAUGCGAAUUUUACCUGAUCGAGGAGCUGGGAACGUACCUGGUGAUUUUUCAUCCCUACAAGUCGCUGAUGCAGAUUUCGGAUGCCAUGGCAAGGUCCAACGCUCAGAUCACCAUGGCACCAGAGGAGAUCCAGGUAACAUGGUCCAUGAUCAACGACAGCUACAUCACCGACCUGCAUCUGCUCAACCCGCCACACAUUGUCGCCAUGGCUUGCAUCUACAUGACGGUGGUGCUGCGGUCGCACAUUAUGCGCAUGACUAUGCCCUCAGAGGCGGUCAAAAGCCGAAUCGAGGCGUUCAUGACGUUCUUCGGAGAGUCGAACGUGGACUUGGAACAGACGAUUGAUUGUGUGCAGGAAAUGAUUUCGCUGUACGUCAACUGGGACACAUAUUCGGAAAAGCAGUGUCGGGUGGAGAUUGCCAAAGUAAUUACAUAA